UUCGCAACUAUACAACUCUGAAACAAUAACAUGUUAACAAUAGGUGACUGUUGACGAUAUGUAUAUUCUACUGAACACCUUUUUCUAUCUACAGCACAUGUUUGCCAAUCUUUCCACCCAUAGUUUGGAAAUAUUUUAGAAUGCAUAUGGAAUUUUCUCUCUCUCAGAAACAGUUUUACUUAAACAGAUCUAACAUUGUGAUUUAAUUGAUAGGCCAUGUAUUUACCUUGAAUACAAGAGAGGAAAAGACAUUUUUGAAGAACUCCAUUGGCCGUUUGAUGAAAUUAAACAGAAAGGAAUAGCUGCCAGGAAAACACUGCUUUGUGUCAGGUAAUAGAUUCAUAGCGAUAUAUGCAUUUUCAUAACACGGCAUCAGUCCAGCCCAGUAUAUGAAAAAAAAAUGUCAUCACAAAAAAAGGUAUUGCUUAAUAAGUCAUUUUGCAAGUUGAACAUUAUGUAACUACAAUUUCAAUAUUUGGAAGUAAAAGUAAAUAAUUAAACAUGGCUUUGAUCAGGGACCCAGCUAUUGUCCUAUCAUUUUCUUUCUUAUCAUUUCAUCUACCUCUAUAUAUUUCUUCACUGUCUCACUUUUACUCUUCACAAAUUUUGAAUUAAACAAAAUCAUAUACAAUGCCUACUUUGUAAAUUGUAAUGAGUCAUCACAUGUAUGUUCAAUGCAGGAGCUUGGGUCGAGGUGGUCAGCUGUAUAGAGAUAUUUUAGGGUACCUUAGAGAACAUGCAUACUUAAACCACAUUAAGCUUCACCACAACAGCCAUGUUGCUUUGUACCAUGCAGGAAUGGCCAACAAAGACUUAGACUACAUUCAUCAGGAAAUCUCAAAGUCAGGUAGUGUUAUUCGACUUGUCAUAUGUAUUAUAGCCUUUGGAAUGGGUAUCAAUAUCUCUGAUAUUGAUACUGUGAUCCACUGGGGAGCCUGUGACUCCAUAAUGGAUUAUUGGCAGGAGGUUGGAAGAGCAGGGCGAGAUGGACGUAGUGCAAAAGCACUAUACUUUUUAACCCCUGGGUCCAUACUUCAAGCAUCUGACGACAUGAAGGAAUUGUGUAGAUCUCUGGACAAAUCCGAGGUGACUUGUUUUAGGAAAUAUAUCCUCCAUCACUUCAUUGGAUACAGUUCAGCACAGUCUGUACCUGUUGCAAGUGAUUGUCAACUGAAAUGUGAGGAGUGUAAAUGUCCAAGAUGCCAAUGCUGUCACAUUUGUCGUAGCUGCUGUCCUUGUUCAAGAACAUAAGAUUUGUACAUGUACGUACAAUGUAUAUAUCUAAUUAACCCCACCUGCAUAUUGACUGUGUUUGAUCUCAAAAUUAUAUGUUUUUGAAUAUGUAUUCCUCAUUUUCCAAACUUUUACCAUAUUUUUGCAUCCUCGCUUUUAACUUUUCUGGAUUGUUCACCCCUAUUUUGUGCUCAAAAUUUUCAAAUCCUGUGUGAUGUCUUUCACCAACAUCUUCAAACAAAUUCUCUCCACUGUAUUCAUCAACAAAUUUCUUAAUUUUAGGUUUAGAGGAACCAUCUGUUGUCGUUGCCUUGGGGAUAUAAUCCUGAAUUAUAUCAGAUUGGAAAAUGUCUUCAAUAGACUUGCCAACACUCCCUACUUGAUGGCUGCAUCUUGACACCUUCGCAUCUGUGUAUUGCCAUGACAAUU